UUUGCCUUGAGUUGACGGUUUAUGUUCAGAACAACCAAAUUCCAGCACGAGUCUUGGUAUGGACGUCGUUGGCUCGGCGGCGAAUGUGAUGCAGUUGUCUGCCGCGAUGGACACUGCUGUGCAUCUCGAGGCCGUCGUGUAUGUGCUCCUAGGCGCCGGCCUUAUGAGCGUGUACGUAUACGUUGUCUCCCGAGUGGACAGAAUGAUGCAACGGAAGCAGUUCGCAGACCGGAUGACAACGUACGGCCAAGCGCUGCGAGAAGACCGGAGGAUUCGCGCGGAGCGUUUGCACCGCAUGGAAGCGAUUCUCGAGGAAGACAGCUACGACGAACGUGACGUCGACGAUCCUGGCAACGACAUUGCUCUUGUUCGCAUGGUGCUUAGCUAAUGUGUUGACUCUUUCGUGCAAAGCAAAACACGCACGUCAUGACAGCAAUCUGUGCUGCUUAACUUAUUAAUUGAAAUGUCAUGG